UUCUACUUAACAGUAAAAAUGCUUCUGCAGUUUCUGUUUCUUGUUCUUCUGACAUCACUCCAAGUUGAUGCUAGACCGCAAUUCAUGUAUCCCGGAAUGUAUGGUAUUGGAAUGAGACCAUACGGUAUGAUGUAUCCAAUGUAUGGCAUGAGGCCUAUGGGUAUGAUGGGUAUGGGAAUGAUGGGAUUUAGACCAUAUAAUCCUGUAGGAGGAGCGAUAAGAGGUGCCGUUGUGGGAUCAUUGCUCGGAGCAGCAUUCGAUGCAGACGAAAAGAAAGUACCUUAUUGGGGUCAAUCGAAGGUGGAUAUCCCAAUGUUCCUCAAUACCAGUGAUAUAUUAGAUAUAGAAGACUAUUCAAUGGAAGCGGAAGGUGUCAUGAAGCAAAUCUCCCCAAAGAACAGGGACUUGUUGAGAUAUAGCCUCUUCUUCACCUGCUACUGUCACGAAAGGGGUGAAGUGGUGGAUGCGGCCGACAACUGUCUCAAAAGUCGUGAUUUGAUAAAUGAGAAUUGGAUGAGCUGCCAUAUCAGUAAUCGACCAAUGACCGAGAAAGGAAACGAGCAAGAAGAGCUAGAAGAGAAUGAUAACAUGAUAAGAGAAUAUUGA